GACACCAAACAGUCUAAGCGCGAGUUGUGAAAUGUCGAUGUUUUCAUUUCUCUUUCGGUUUCUGGCAGACGCUAGCCUAAUUUGACAGGCUUAUGGAUAUUUACAGAUCUAGAAUAUUUCACAAUUAGUGGACAGUACAAAUAAUGAGAUGGAGGAAACCAGCACAACACUUGAAAGCUGGAUGCAUGUGUUUGAUGAUUUUGAGGGUCUGCUUGAGAUUCUUCAUGGAGAGACAAACAAUGAGUUCUGUAUCCAUUGGAAACGGCAACGUACAUUGCUUUGCAAAGGUUGUGGUAGAAUUUAUUUCUUCAAUACCAGAGAGGAGUCAAUGAGAUUCAAAGAUAAGGAAUGUAAGUGUCAAGUGCUUACUGCAUCAUUGUCUACAGUUAAAAAGAAAUUAAUUCCAAAGAAAUCAUGGCUAGCAGGCUUCAUAUCACCCCCCGGUGGAUUUCCAGAUGAACUUGGAAAAAACAUGAAAGCAACCAGAAAAAUGAAGUCACUAGCAGAAACAGAUUCUCAGGGUUUUCUAUAUUUUACCAGAUGUGUUUUUAGUACUAAGUAUUUUGAAGACCAAAAAUAUUAAUACUUUUUGAGUUCAGAGGAUGCAUAUUGUUGAUGAAUAUCAGGAAGACGUAACAGUACUAUUCAUAAAAAAUUAAUAAAAAGAAAACACACUGACAUUUCUAUUCAUAUACUAAUCAAAAUAAACACCAUAAUUUUGUAAUCCUUUAAUUCCUGUAAGUCAUAAUAAAUCAUCUUAGAAUGCAUUUUGGUGCUUAUAAAUUCACGCUUAGAGCAAUUAAGCAAGUAAGAGGAUGUUUGAAGGAGUUCUAGAUGCUAUGAGACUGGGACUGGUUCAUAACAGGUGUAAACACUUUCCUUGAUUGAUUCACACAUUAGGCCAUUUAUAGUGAAUUAUCAAUUCUGAUUAAAAAUAUAUGGCUUUAUUUUGAAAAAGUUCAGUGUUACUUAGAUAGUGCUAUAUAUUGGUUGAUAACACUUCAAUUUUAUGAUAAA